CCACCAACAGUGUACCCAUUACGGCAAUGAAAGAUGACUAUGAUGAGCGACUGAGAUACACUCUUCGUAUCAUUUACAUAAUUGGCCACUUGUUGGCUUUUCUGCUUGGGACUGUAGGAAAUGGGCUGGUCAUCUAUUUCACUGUAUUCAAGAUGAAGAGGACUGUCAACGUGGUGUGGUUUCUCAAUUUAGCCAUAGCCGACUUCAUCUUUAUGUUUGUGCUCAUAUUCAGAAUUGUCACGGUAGCCCAAAAUUUUCACUGGAUGUUUGGCGGAUUCAUGUGCAGGAUGAACAGUGCUAUUUUCUUCAUCAAUCUGUAUGCCAGUAUUUUCCUAAUCACCGCUAUCAGCAUUGACCGCUGUAUUUCUGUAAUAUACCCAGUUUGGUGCCAAAAUCAUCGAACUCCGAGACUGGCGUCCAUUGUGGCCCUGGUCAUUUGGAUCCUAUCAAUCAUUUUCAGUGUACCUUAUUGCAUAUUCUUAGACACAAAGGUGGUCAAAGGUGGGAAAAUAAUCUGCACUCACAACAUCAAUGACAGAAAUACAGAGAUGUUAAUAGAAAAGAGUCUAGCCAUUUCAAGAUUUAUCUUCAGCUUUGUCAUCCCUUUAGCCGUGAUCAUCUCUUGUUAUGCAAUCAUACUGAUGCGUGUCCGAAGAAAUCGCCUGACCACAUCUAGAAAGCCCUUCAAAAUCGUCGUAGCUGUGAUCAUUGCAUUCUUUGUCUGCUGGUUUCCCCUCCACUUAUUCUUCUUUCUGGAUAUGGCUCUAGAUUAUGGUGGCAAAAGUCAUCUGAAGUAUGUUGUAAUGAUCGCAAUACCACUCAGUAAAAAUUUGGCCGUUAUAAAUAGCUGUAUCAAUCCUAUUCUGUAUGUAUUCGUUGGUCGAGAUUUCAAAGAAAAGUUCUGGAGAUCCUUUGGGUCAAUAUUUGAGAGCGCUUUCAUGGAGGAACCUAUCCAAAUAAACUCCAGGAGUAAGUCAAGGUCAACUGCAGAUUCUCAGCUGUUGUAA